UUUUCUUCCUCGUCGGCAUAUAGACUGUACUUCAUGUCCACUUCCUUUUCCGGUUUAAGCCAUACUGAAUUGGCAAAAUGUUGAUGCCUAAGAAAAAUCGAGUGCAGAUAUUUGAGUACCUGUUCAAGGAAGGAGUUUUGGUAGCCAAGAAAGAUUUUUCUGCUCCAAAACACCCAGAGAUUGAUGUCCCUAACCUUCAUGUUAUUAAGGCAUUAACAUCUUUGAAGUCACAAGGAUAUGUAAGAGAACAAUUUUCAUGGCGUCAUUACUACUGGUAUUUAACAAAUGAAGGAAUCCAGUAUUUACGUGAUUACCUCCACCUGCCAGCAGAGAUUGUGCCAGCAACACUAAAGAGACAAACAAGACCAGAGACAGCCAGACCCAGACCUAAAGGUCCAGAAGGAGGACCCCGAGGUGCCCCAGGGGCCCAAGACAGGGCUGAAUACAGACGUACAGCUCCUGGAGGAGAUAAAAAAGCUGAGGUGGGACCUGGUGCAGAGCCAUCCUUCCAAUUUAGAGGAGGAUUUGGACGAGGCCGGGGAUCCUCAGCACCUCCACCUCAAUAGGGAGUCAUGUGAUGUGUAUAUAGGGACAAUAAAAUCAAGAACACUC